CGCCCAGAACCGACCGCUGGAGCAUCAGGCCAUUGCGACAAGACCAUCAUCACCAAACUUAAACCGCAAUCACAGCCCACGAAGACCUGGCUUCCUUGCCACGGACAGCCGCCGGAGAGGCAGCACUGUAUUCCCCGUCGUAAUAAUUCCAGCCGAAGCACGAGCAAACCGCGUUCAACGGUGCUGGUCUCGUCUAUCCGUCGCGCUCCCCGGCGACCUAAUGCCUGCCUAGGCCUCGUCGCCCCUAGCCUUUGCGCAUUCGCAGCCAUGGCGCAGGCCCCUGCUACUCCCGCAGCUGGCGUCACCAACAACUCUUCGAUUUUUGGCGGACCGGGUCAAAACGGUGCCGGCGCAACCUCGCAAGCCGUCGUGCCUGUGCCCUCGUUCUCGUCCGCUUUGACGCCUGCUUCCGCCGCCUCCUCGAACAACACCUACAUCAUGCCGAACUCGCCGCUCAAGAACCGCGCUCCCAUGGACGGCUACCGCCCCAAAGUGACGCGCACUCUUGGUCAGCGACCGGCCUGCCUUGUCAAUGCCUCGGUGACGUAUUGCGGGAAUAACCAGAUCUACGCCUUUGGCGGCUUCGACCAGUACACGGACGAGGUCUACAAUCAUGUGCUGCGCCUCGACCUGGUCAGCCAUCAGUGGACGCUCGUCGACAACUACGGGGAUAUUCCGGGCGUGCGGAUGGGCCACACGGCAACGCUGUACAAGGGCGACAAACUCCUGGUUUUCGGCGGCGAGAACGAGCACCGCACCUACCUUUCCGACCUUAUCAUCUUCGACCUCAAGACCGCACACUGGACACAGCCGCAGGUCACCGGACCGAUUCCCAAGGGUCGCGCUCGGCAUGCAGCCGUUCUGCAUGAAGACAAGCUAUUCAUCGUCGGCGGCAUCACGGGUCAUGAUAAUUACGUGUUGGAUGACAUAUGCUAUCUCGACUUGAAGACGUUCACCUGGUCGAGGUCCUGGCGCUUUGUCGGGCGCUUCGACCACUCCGCGUAUAUCUGGGGCGAUAGAGUGUGGGUGUUCGGCGGCUUGAGUGAAGACAUGGACAAGGUUAGCGACCUGUGGUGGCUGGAUCUCAAGGGGAACCCAGCUUUCGAAUCCCCGCCGCAAAUCGGCUCCAUCGAUCGUUUGGGACUGGCGAGAAACGCCAACUCGCCGCGGCCUCCUUACCAAGCAGCACAAUCUUCUAUCGUAGGAACAUCGGGCUAUGCAGCCAACUCGAGAACACCGCAGGUCAAUACUCCAUCAUUCCACCUAAAGGCGUAUGCGCCCCCUGCGCCGGGCGCCAUCUCUGCUCUGAAAUUCGUUAGCGGCCCCAAUGUUCCGUCGCAGAUGCAGGGCAUUCAUUUCCACGUCUACUCGUCGGGGACUCUCCUGGACUUCGUAACGCCAGCCGCAACCAUCACAUCCAAGGACUGCUCACUAUCCGCUCUAGAUCUGGGCACGCUUAGAUGGCAGAAGCUCGCCGAGGGGCGUGAAAUCUUUAAGUCCGGCUACCGGUGGCAUUAUUGCACCAUGAAUGAGGAUGGAACCAAGGCGUGGCUGCUGGGUUGUCCUACGGAGGCCGGAGCGAUCGACCUCGGUGCUAAUGGCCUCGAGGAAUAUCUCUCCGACAUCAUGGAGAUCGACUUGCGGAGAUAUGGCUUCCUGGGCAGCAACCUGGGAUCCGAGGCCCGUACAGACCUGGUUCGGCCGUCCCUGCGGACGCGCAGCGUGGAGCCGCCCUCGAAGGGGCUCGGGGCGGAUCUUGCGAAACUCUUCGACCAGCCCCCGGAGACUGGCAGCGGCACCGACUUCAUCGUCACUGCUCUCUCGGGCGACUACGACGACGAGGAAAUCAUGGGCUCGGCCCUGAUGCACGCUUCAGAGACGGAGGAGGGCAGUCAAACGUGGCUGGCCCCAGACGCGCCCACCUCGCCCCCCAUCCACGUCCACCGGCUCAUACUACAGGCUCGCUGGCCGCACUUUGCCCGCCUCUGGGCGAGCCAGAUGGCCGAGUUCCACACCAAGAAGAUGCACAUACCGGAGCCCUACAGCGUCGUCAAAGCCUUCCUGUACUACCUCUACACCGACCGCAUCGACCCGGCCGACGACGACGCGGAGACGGACCUUUCCGACGUGGCCGGCCUGCUGGUCAUGUCCAACAUCUACAACAUCCCCCACCUCCGGCUCCUGUGUGUCAACAGGCUGAGCAAGGAGCUCGACGUCGACCACGCCUGCAUCACCUGGUACUGCGCGGGCCUGGCCAACGAGGAGUGGCUGCGCAAGCGCGCCGCCAACUUCUGCAUGACGCACUGGGGCCGCGUGGUGCGCACCGCCGGCUUCCAGCGGCUCCCGCGCGCCGCCCUCGUCGAGCUGUCGCAGGAGGUCGACAUGGAGGGGCGUGUCGUUGGCGGCGACGAGCUCGACAUGAUCGUCGGCGGGUUCGGCGACGGCGCGUCGGCUGUGUCGCGCCGCAAGGAGAGCGUCAGCAGCAACCAGACGCAGAUGCUCGAGACCGAGGACGAUGAGGACGACGGCAUGGAGAUGUCAUAGAUCGGCAUUCGAGCGAGGAGGAAGCAUCGUCAUGCGCCGCGGCAAGCGCGAAGGGUCCGGUAUCCUUCCUUAGAGCAAAGCCAGGACCGGUUGUGGUUGGAUUCGUAGACGCAGGAGAGUAGCUCGUUUUUCAUUGGGACGGGGGGACAUCUAGGUGGCACGGGCGUGGAGGAUGGGAAGUGUCCCCCUUUUAUUUUCGCACGCUCAGGGUACAGGUAACAUGUUACAGUAGGCUACCAGGCAUUGCGAGGCGUCAAUGGAGGUGUGGGGUGGGACGGGGGCGUUUUGGCUCUUUCGCAACGGAGAUGAAUACUCACAUGCGUUGUCUUCCAUUAUUAGGACCAGGACCCGAGCCCUGGAUGGUGAAUGAGCUGGACUCGUUCUCUCUGAUCCCUCGCGGUCGACCGAGCCGAAGUAAACUAGUGCUGACCACCCUAAUUCCCUCCCAAAAGAAGAAUGCUGUACACAGGCCAUGAAUGUCAGCCAGACUGACCUCCU